AUGUCUGCCCCCGAAACCGCUACCAAAUUCUCUUCUGCUGAAACCUCCUCCGUCGCUGGCGGACAACUCGUCGGACGCUCUAACAAGGGCGCCGUCGUACCCAAGGAAGCUUUGAAGCUCCGUUUGGACCUGAACCUCGAGGUGGAGAUCGCCAUCCAGGCCAAGGUCAACGGCGACAUCACCCUCUCCCUCCUCCUAGGACAAAUGCAUCUCCUGUAUCCUCGUUCUGUCUUUCUCUUUGGAUUGGUAUUUACCGGUGUUCAAUGCCUAGUACAUACGAAAUAUUAGGGUUUUUGGAGUUCAUACGCACGCUUGGCAUCUGUAAGUAUGCAAAGAAC